UUUUCGUCACUUUGAGCCGAUGUCAUGGAAUCGGUACGCCCUAAACGGACGGCUAAGCUGCCUGCGAGGCUUCUGGACACGGACAUACAAGUCGAAAUACAGAAAGUGGCCGAGGAAAUAACUUCUCUCCAGUCGUCCUUGACCACCACGCCUGAGGGACAAGGUCGUGCCCGGCCUGUCGUGAGCCCCGCCAGCAGCUUGACAGAAACUCCUGAGGGACAAGAUCGUUCCCCAAGCACCGUUCCCCUGGCGGAAGAGGAUGCGCUCGAGAAGGAGCGGACGGCACUCCUCGAGGAGAUCAGGAUUUUGGAGUUGGCCAAGGAAGUGGAGGACCUCCGGAGGAGGAAAGUGCAGUUACAAUUUCGGUCGACCGCACGACGGGAAUUCAACCCCCCUCCCGCAGAGGCUUCUCCAUCGGCGCCAACCGGCCCUGGUCGUGAGGGGCAGGGACUGGCCUGGUCUAUCGACGUGGAGUCGGCAAAGGACAAGUCAGCGAAGGACCGGCCUGGUCUGUCUCAGGAUCAGGCGGUAACACACGAUGCAGCCUCGCCACACGACGUGGCGCGCACUAUCCAGGACCUGCGGCGUGACAGCGCGGCGGUCGCAGAGGUUGAUCGCAUACUGGGCGCCAUGAGUCUGCAGCCUGCGCCUGUUCUACCCCUACCCGACCCCGGCAAGCUCAGUCUUCCCGACCCCAGUGUCCAGCCCGUACGGCAAAACCCUGGACUCGGCUUGCCGGCAGCCAACCCCAGCGUGCCGCCCGCACAAACCAACUCUGGCCUCUCCAGCGCGCCGCCAACUGAGCAGCCGGCGAAGCCCAGCCCCAAUCCACUGGUCGCACCCAAACCCAGCGUGCAGCCAACCGACCAGAGAGGUAAGCAGAAGUUAACUUCAGGCUUCUUUAGGACGCCACGCUCGUCCUCCCGUAUUGAGAAAAACCUGAUAUGGCCACAAGAGGAAUUGCCCGCCUUCUCGAGUGAUUCGGGCAAGCUCACCUACCCUGUAUUGAAUUGGGACCAAUUCCUGGCCGGAUACAUGAAGCUGUUUACUUCUGAAUUGUUGGGUUCGGUCGAGUUGCGAGAGAGACUUAAGCUGGUGCAACAGUGUGCUGAGUAUAAACUGCGCUAUCCAUGGGCCCCUGCUAUCCGUGAUUUUCAUGGGGAAGUGUUACGAGCGGUGGAACGUGGCGAGUUUGACUGGGGCGACUCGGGUUACAAGGACCACGUGGAGCACAUGUACAGGCUGCAUGUACAACCCCACCUGCAGUGCAACACAACACCGAAGACGCAGCGCCCUUCUCAAUCGCAGUCCCAACUGCAGGAGACACUGAAAUAUUGCAAAUUAUUUCAGUCUCAGUCCUGCCCCCUGUCAGAGAUCAUUCACGAAGACGAGCAAUUUGGGGAAGUACACCACAUCUGCGCGAAUUGCCUGAAUCAGCACAACGACGCCGCGUACGACCACGGCGCAUCGGACUGUAACCGGAAAGGUCGUCGUGGCCGGAGUGCGACCGGCAAGCAAGCCUGACCAGAUGGGAGGCUGUUUCAUAUACAUUCAUGACAUUGACUAUAUUUGGGACGAUACUGUUUGUAGCUGUGUGCAGGAUGACGUCAGUGUAUGUUUACCCCUUGAGGACGUCAGUGUAUGUUUAAUCCUUGAUUCUACGAACAUAAUAAAUGACACUACUUGUAGCAUUUGCCCGGAAACACUUGUUCUUGUAAAAUUUCUGUGCCAUGAAGAUGGGAUAUUGCUGAUUUGCGUAGCCCUUACUUUGAGUUCCUAUGACUGUUUGUGCACAGAAUAUUGUCAACAAUUGUCUUCAAAAUCCUAGGUGUUGCCUUCGUGCACAAUAGGUAUUACCGGUUGUAUGCCGGUGUGUUCACAUCGAUAUUGCUGUGCCAUUUAGAUGGGAUAUUGCUGAUUUGCGUAGCCCUUACAUUGAGUCCUCUAUGACUGUUUGUGCACAGAAUAUUGUCAACAAUUGUCUUCAAAACCCUAGGUGUUGCCUUCGUGCACAAUAGGUAUUACCGGUUGUAUGCCGGUGUUUUCACAUCGAUAUUGCUGUGCCAUUUAGAUGGCAUAUUGCUGAAUUGCGUAGCCCUUACAUUGAGUCCUCUAUGGCUGUGCACAGAAUAUUGUCAAAUUGUCUUCAAAACCCUAGGUGUUGCCUUCGUGCACAGUAGGUAUUACCGGUUGUAUGCCACAUUACUACUUGUAGCAUUUGCCCGGAAACACUUGUACUUCAGAAGACUGCCAAUAUGCGGCAUGAUAUCGAUGAUUCUAAACGGAAUAGUAGCGAAUAUAUGUUUGUAUGCCCUGAUAUCAGUAGCCUUUGCCCAGAGAGUCUUGUACUUCAGAAGACUUAAAGUGCCGAUAAUGUUUGUCUUCAAAACCCUAGGUGUUGCCUUCGUGCACAAUAGGUAUUACCGGUUGUAUGCCACAUUAUUGUACAUCAACCAUGUUACGCAGCAAGUUUCAUCUAGCAUUUCUGUAGCCUAUGGUACAAGUAUGUUAUGUAUCAUGUUAUACUGUUGCCUUGGGUUAUACUGUAUAUAUCUGCUGGUUUCUUAUACUUCUAGGGUGCGGGGGUGCCUCUCUUACGGCUGCACGGGGUGUCCGCUCUUAUCGUUCCCUUAGCCCUGGGUGUUGGCGGUUUCCUUCUAGUUUUUGGCGGGUUUUCUUGUACGCAUAUGAAACGUUAAGCAUUAAAACUCACAACUGCCACCCCAGGGCUUCUGUCUUCUAUGCUCCAGUUUCAGUAGUUAGGAACGAACUAGACAAUUGUGAUAGGAUGAGCGGACAUCCUGUGUAAUUGGAUGAGAGGCACCCCCACACCUGGGAUGGUUUAUUCCAUGAUACCACGUGACUAGAUGUGAUGCAGUGACUUUUACUCUGCACGUUUUUUCCCCACCCUCCCAUCCCAGGGUUUUCUUGUACGCAUAUGAAACGUUAAGCAUUAAAACUCACAACUGCCA